ACUCUUGGCUCAAUGGCUCUGCUCGUCUCAUGCUGGUUUCAGAUCUUGAUUACACAAUGGUGGAUCAUGAUGACCCUCGAAACACUUCCCUUCUCCGGUUCAAUGCGCUAUGGGAAGCAUAUUAUCGCCAUGAUUCUCUGCUCGUAUUUUCAACCGGAAGAUCACCUCUAUCUUACAAACCCUUGAGGGAUGAGAAGCCCUUGUCGACGCACGAUAUUACUAUCAUGUCUGUUGGAACUGAGAUUAUCUACGGUGAGGGUGACGCAAUGCUACCCAAUGAUGGUUGGCAACACUAUCUCAAUCACAAUUGGGAUAGAAAUAUUGUUGUCGAGGAAACAACUAAGUUUUCUCAACUAACUCCUCAGUUACCUUUUUUAGACCAAACUCAGAUUCUUAGGUUGCAGCUAGUGUGA